UCCAGCGCUUCAGCGCUAGAGUCUGACGUUGUUCCACAUCGCGCUGCUCCCACCCGAAAAACCCAUCCAGAUUGUUCAAACACCCUCUACCGGUGUUGAAUCCACUCGAAAGUCACUGCCGGAUCGAACCGUGCCCUGUCAAGUGUUGGCGCGCAGUGUGUGCGUACCUAACUAUAAAACGCGUGUCUGCGCAGCACGUUCGGCGUAAGCAGCUUCGACCGUACUUAGUGACAAACCGGAAAUCACGCAUCGCUGCGUACCCUCCAGUUGGCCGAAACGUCCACAAAACGAGCGCAACAACAAUCGGGGACCAGUGUCCAGAUUUGCCUGUGACUGAAGUGAGUGUUUGUACUUUUCAGCGAACGAAGUGUCGUAUGCAAACGCGCGAUAUUGUCUUAUCUAAGGAAACAGAUAGUAGCGAAAGCGAUCUACGAUGGCUUCCAAGCAACUCCCGUGGGCUAUUGUUGUCAGCCUAUUCCUCAUCAGCCUGCCAGCAGUGAUUGAUGGCAAGAUCUACACGAAAUGUGAGCUCGCUAAGCAACUGACCGCAAACGGGAUUAGCCGAACGUACCAGGGACACUGGGUCUGUCUGGCGAUGGCCGUCAGCGGGCUGGAUACGUCCAAAACGACGACGCUGCCCAACCAAACCGCCAACUACGGCAUCUUUCAGAUCAACAGCAAGGAGUGGUGCCGCGUGGGCUACAAGGGAGGCAAAUGUAACAUGAAAUGUGAAGAUCUAGUUACGGACAAUGUGACCAACGCAAUUAAAUGCUCCGUAAUGAUCCAACAGUCGAAAGGAUUCAACGAGUGGGUUAUGUGGCAGAAGAAGUGCAAGGGCAAAGAUCUUCCGGACAUUACAAACUGUGGUGCAAUUGGUUAAGAUUCGGGACGAUUUCUAGCAAGCGGUUUCCUCCAGCCCAAUCGUGAGCCCCCUUCUUCUUCAAGCGUAUGCAGCAACAGUACUUCACAAAGGACCCAUUUAAAGUGCAUCUGAAGAAAGCAUACUUUUAAUCAUCCUUAAUCAAUAAAUUGGGAAAAAGACUCAGGAAAUAGUUUUCGAAAAUCUG